AACAUUUCCCCCAGCCGUCGUGUAAUACCUUCGCACCCCACCAGAGGGUCGCGCCCCACAGUUUGAGAACCACUCUGGAAUCCUUCAUCAACCGCUUUACUGCCCGUGAGUUGGCUUCGUUCGUCCCGGUCGGUGUUUGCAGCGGACCGACGCGGGGGUCCCGCCGGAGGAGAACACUCACCGACAUGAGAUGAUCACACGUGUUUGCCGUGGAGAGUUCACACUAAACUAUCACUAGUACUAUAACUAGUACUCGUGUACUGUGACCUGGUUCCCACAGUUUAGCGGCCUUCUAGUUGGCAGUUUACGACAGUUGUCGUCGAUCGGCGGUGACGUAAAGUGGGGGGAAGUAAACCUGCGGAGAUCUGCUAGCCGACAGAAAACAACGCGCAGAUGGAGAACUACAAGAAGACGCGCUCGGUGGAGCUCCCGUCCGUCUGUCCUUUCCCCGCCCUCCCCCCCGACACGCCGGAGGUCCGAGUGAGAGACGGCAGUAAGAUCCGUCACCCGCUGCGCUUCGCUCUCGGCCACAUGGAGGAGAGGCGGCGAGGGGCCCAGGGAGCGGGCGGGGCCACGGGGGGACAAGCGCUCUGCAGACAGAUCGUCCUCACGGCCAGCGGAAAAGGUGUGUCCAAAGCCAUCACGUGUGCAGAGAUGGUUAAGCGGCGGGUGGGGGGCCUCCAUCAGCUCACCCAGCUGCAGUUCAGCACCGUGGAGGAGGUCUGGGACCCUCUGGAGGCCACCAGCGGCUUGGACAGCCUCACCGUCAGCAGGAACCUUCCCAACAUCUGGAUCCUCCUCUCCAGAGACACGCUGGACCGCAGCCAGCCCGGCUACCAGGAACCGGGUCGUCAUGACACCCUGUGGGCCCACGAGGAGGAGGGGGGACCACCGAGAUCGGGACACAAGAGGAAGAAAGCAGGAGGGGGAGGAGGAGCUGGAAGAGGACGGGGACCCGGUCGUGAGACUGUUCGGUCCAGGGAACCGGCCAAAGGACCGAUCUAAAUUAACUGUGGAUGUAAAGAGGACAUAACGACAAAUAAUGGGACGUUGAGAGGACAUUUAGACAAUUGGUGGACGUUUGGAGGAUCUGAGAAAUCUAUAUUUGUAGUUAAUUUACUAAAACCGGAUACAACGUCUCAACACAGAUAUUUAAAUUCACUCAAUACGUCUUUAUUAUUUUGUAAUAAUAUUCAUUUUCUGUUCCAACGAUGUAAACGAUGAAAUCUUGAGUAAAAUAAUUAAAGAUGUUUUCUCUGAU